AUGGCGGAUUUAUUCUACUACCCGAGAAAACUGGCAACAAAUAUCAUGCUAUUCAACAAAAGGUCUGCUGAACAACCACACACUCAAAUGGAGAUGGAAAAUCCACAAUCUUUCUUUGCGGAAGAAAAUCACUCUGACAACAAAGUGAACCUUGUUCUGCUGGGAAUGUACGGGACUGGAAAGAGUGCGACUGGAAACACAAUCCUUGGAGAGAGAAAGUUUGAGUCAAAAACCAGCUCAAUGCCGUUCACCACAAAGUGUCAGGCAGCAGAAACUGUGAUAAACGGUACACGUGUGCGUGUCAUUGAUACUCCAGACAUCUUUGAUGAUGAAAUCAAACCAUCAGUUAAGUACCAUCAUGUGACACAGUGCAAACAGCUCUGUCAGUCAGAUCCUUGUGUUUACUUACUUGUGAUACAAGUUGGCAGAUUCACAGAUGGUGAGAGAGACAUACUGAGAAAGGUUGAAGAAGCUUUUGGUCCCAGAGCUAAAGAACAAACAAUCCUCCUGUUUACUCGUGGAGAAGAUCUGCAGCGUUCAGGCCUAAGCUUGGAGGAUUUUGUGCAGGACUGCCAGCCUGAACUCAAGAACAUAGUUAAACAGUGUGGUGGGAGGUGUGUUGUUUUUCAGAACAAAACCUCACUUCAACCUCAAGUAACAGAGCUAAUGCAGACAGUGAACAGGGUGUUAAAAACAUGGUAG